AUGGCAAAUUUCAACAGACUCCGACUUCUCGUUGGCCGUAAGACGCCCAAUGACACCCUACAUGCUUCGACGGUCGAAGACCCAAAUACUCCGGUGACCUCCAAAACCGAGACCACAGACAACAAAGGAACUGGAACUGGCUUUCUCGAAGACACGACUGAAGUUAAGAACAAUGAGGAGGCAACGCCGAGUCAAGAUGCACAAUUUGGCGUUAAGAAAAUCGAGGCCGUGACUCUGGCUUGGUCGAAGAAAUCGCUCGCCGCCGCCUUGAUACUCAUCUGGCUCCUUACCUUGGUCAAUGGAUUCAAAACCUCCGUUGUCUUCAGCUUGACCCCUUUUGCCACGAGCAGUUGGCAGUCUCAUUCGCUUUUGGCGGUCAUCGACAUAGUCGCAAGUGCCAUGACAGCAGCAGUGUAUAUCCCAAUGGCCAAGAUGUUGGACGUCUGGGGUCGGGCUGAAGGCUUCCUCCUUAUGGUAGCUUUCUGCGUUCUAGGCCUGAUUCUGAUGGCUGCAUCUCAGAAUCUUUCUACCUAUUCCGCUGCGCAGGUCUUCUACUCUGUCGGCUUCGGAGGCCUCUCCUAUAGCUGGAAUGUGCUCGCUGCCGAUGUGACAAACUUGAGAAAUCGAGGCUUAGCAUUUGCUUUUACCUCGUCUCCAAAUUUGAUCACAGCCUUCGCUGGAUCGAAAGCUGCUGAUGCCUUUUACAACAACGUCAGCUGGCGAUGGGGUUUGGGCUGUUGGGCCAUCAUUUUGCCCAUUGUGGCUUUGCCCAUGUAUGGACUGUUGAAAUACAACCUUCGCAAAGCCGAGAGACAAGGCAUCAUCAUCGGGGAAAAAAGUGGUCGGACCUUAUCACAGACAAUCUGGUAUUGCAUCAGAGAAUUCGAUUUACCGGGAGUCCUCUUAUUCGCUGGCGGCUUUACCGUGUUCCUCCUACCGUUUACUCUGGCCACUACCGCUCCUCAUGGUUGGAAAACCGGCUAUAUCAUUGCCAUGAUUGUGGUCGGCUUUGUCGUGCUGGCUAUCUUUGCCCUCUAUCAGAUUUACGUGGCUCCAGCACCAUUCCUGAAACAUCGUUUUCUCACCGACCGGACCGUCUUGGGCGCGUGUCUCCUGGACAUGACAUACCAGAUCUCGUACUAUUGCUACGCCAGCUACUUUACGUCCUUUUUACAAGUCGUCAAUAACCUGACCGUGGCUGAGGCUGGAUAUGUCGGCAACACCUUCAGUGCGGUCUCAUUUGUGUUUUUGUUCAUUACUGGCUAUAUCAUCCGCAGGACAGGCCACUUCAGAUGGAUCUUGUUUAUUUGCGUUCCGCUCUACAUCUUCGCACUGGGCCUGAUGAUUCACUUCCGGCGCCCUAACGGAUACAUCGGCUACAUCGUCAUGUGCGAGAUCUUCUUUUCCGUCGCCGGGAGUAUCUUCAUCCUCUGCGUGCAGCUAGCCGUUCUAGCGGCCGUCGACCAUCAAUAUGUCGCUGCGGUGCUUGCUUUACUCUUUGUGAGUGGCACUAUCGGUGGCGCUGUAGGCAGUGCUAUUUCUGGAGCCAUCUGGACCAACACAUUCAAGAAGGCCCUUGAGCGAUAUCUACCAGCAUCCGCCCUGCCAGACCUAUUAACCAUCUACGGAAGUCUCCCUGUGCAGCUCAGCUAUCCAGUUGGAAGCCCCGAACGACUCGGAAUCCAGAAAGCCUACGGCUAUGCGCAGGCAAGAAUGCUUGCUGCUGGUACCGCCAUUAUGGUUUUGGGCUUUGUUUGGGUCGCCAUGAUGAGAGAUCUGAACGUCAAGAAGAUGUCGCAAACUAAGGGCAAUGUAUUCUAA